AUGGCUGGCUUCAUGGCUAUCAACAAUAAACCCUGUCACCCAUCAGACCUCCCCGAUCAGUGGGUGAGAUUGCAGAGCCAUGUCAAGGAAGAGACUGCUCCGUAUGUCAGUGUCUUACUGUCAAAGGUGCACAGGGACCUCCAGGGAAGACAGGCCAGCAAGGCCCCCGGGGACAAAUGGGACCAUGGGGACGUGAAGGGCUACCGGGAGAAAAAGGCAGGAUGGGAGCACAGGGAUCACAUGGCCCAGCGGGGCCCAAAGGAGACCAAGUUAGGCCAUCCUGGAGCAGGCGGCGAGCCCGGUUUGCCAGGAGUGGAUGGCUGUAAUGGGACAAGGGGUCGACAAGGAGUCCCUGGUAUUCCUGGUUUGGAUGGUCUCCAUGGGCCGCCAGGAAUACCUGGACCUAAAGGAAUUAAAGGAGAACCUUUGUAUGACACUUCCCUUCCAGGACUUCCUGGAAGACGGGGAGACAUUGGGCCUAAAGGCUUUACUGGCCCUCCAGGCCUUCCUGGACAUGAGGGCAUGGAAGGACCUAAAGGUUUGAGAGGACUGCCAGGGGACCCUGGAGGAUCACUGGCUGGCGAUAAAGGUGACGAUGGUGAGCAAGGCGCACCUGGCCCACAAGGACCAGAAGAAAUCAUAAUAAAUCCUCCAGAGUUUCUUCCACCUAAAGGUUACAAGGGAGAAAUAGGUCCUCCUGGACCAUGUGGACCAGAUGGCAUACCGGGUGGUAGAGGAGACUACUAUAAUCAGGCAAUAAAAGGAGAGCAGGGAAUCCUUGGUUUUCCUGGACUUCGGGGUCUUCCAGGAUUUCCUGGUAGAGAUGGACCUCCAGGACCUGAGGGUCUCCGUGGAGAGAAAGGACUUCCAGGUCUAAUUGGAAGUACUGGACCAAAGGGUUACCCAGGAGAUCCAGGUCCCCCCGGUCCACUGCUUUUUCACAAUGGAAAUGAUGCCAGAGGGCCUAAAGGUGAUCGCGGGUAUCCUGGAACCCCUGGAUUUCCAGGUGACUCUGGGUUCAUGGGCAUGCAUGGACCUCCUGGCCCACCAGGGUUAACAAUACCAGAGGAGCUGGGUCUGCCUGGUCCAAGAGGGCCUCUUGGUCCUAAGGGCUACAAGGGAGAGCCAGGAAGGUAUAAUCACUUUGAAAUCAAUCCGUUUCCUGGACCAAAGGGACAUAAAGGACAUCUUGGACCUAAAGGUGCCAAAGGCCCCCCAGGUCCUCCAGGAUGUGGAGAUUAUUACUGUGAGCCUGGUUAUCCAGGAGACCCUGGCGACCCAGGACCCAAAGGAUCAACUGGAAACAGAGGGCUCAAAGGAAUUAAAGGUUGUGCAGGGGAGUGUGAAUGUAGGUCUGGUGGGGGAAGCAUAGGACCCCCUGGUCCACCUGGUUAUCCUGGAACUCCAGGGUUACCAGGAACUCAAGGACUUAAGGGAGACCCAGGACUGGAAGGAGAUGAGGGUCAAAGAGGACCACAAGUGCCAAGGGUGACCAAGGAGUCCAUGGACCUUCUGGUCCUCCUGGAGCAACAGGUAGGCCAGGAAGCGAUGGCCCCCCUGGCCCUAUGGGAGACCCUGGACUACCGGUACAAUACAUACAAUUUGCAGGGUACUGGAUAUGCAGGAUUUCCUGGUCCAAAAGGUUACCCUGGUGUUUCUGGACCCAAAGGUUUUCCAGGGCUUGUAGGCUCCCCAGGUCCUGGUUAUCCAGGCCCAAAGGGGGUACUUGGACCUAAAGGAAAUCAGGGAUAUCCUGGCCCCCCAGGAAUCCCUGGACGACCAGGCCCCCCAGGUGAUAUUGAGCAAUGUUGUCAUGAAAUUGAGAUUGGAUCACCUGGUCCUAAGGGCGAGCCAGGUUCACCAGGGAUUCCAGGUGAUCCAGGACGAGACGGUCUCCCAGGAGUUCUGGGACACCCAGGUCCUAAAGGCAUGAAGGGAGAUGACAGUGAAACUGGAGGGAUUGGACCGCCAGGACCUCCAGGUUUAAAUGGGGAUCCAGGUGACCCUGGUCCCAGUGGAAUUAUUCUGGAUGGCCCUCAAGGCCCUCCUGGGUUACCAGGACCCCAAGGCAUUAAGGGUGCCCCAGGAGAUGUCUUCUCCGCCAGGCCAGGUGCUACUGGCCCACCUGGCCGCCCUGGGGCUGUGGGGCCAAAUGGACUUCCUGGUAUUCCUGGAAGCCCAGGUUCUCCGGGCAUACAAGGCCAACCUGGACCACCAGGUUAUAAAGGAGAGCCAGGAGAAAAUGGUGAUGCUGGAGACACUGGUCCCCCAGGCCCACCCUGCACUUUAUGUGAACUAAGUGGAACUCCAGGUCCUCCAGGACCUCCAGGAAACCCUGGACUGAGUGGAAUACCAGGCAACCCUGGUCAGAAGGGUUUUAAGGGAGAUAUAGGUCCACCUGGUCAUGGACAGAGGGGUCCAAUAGGUGUCCCUGGCCCUUCUGGUGUGCCAGGCACAGCUGGACCUAGAGGCACCACUGGCGCCUCAGGAGAUCCUGGGAUAAACGGCGGGCCAGGACAGAAAGGGCUGGGGCCAGAGGUUUACCCGGUCCUCCUGGACCUCCGGGACCCAGAGGUAAACAGGGAGAGAGAGGCUUUGAUGGUCACCCAGGUGACACAGGAGACCCAGGAGUGCCUGGCUAUAAAGGCUCAAAAGGCCCAAGUGGAGAUCCAGGUAAUCCAGGGCCUAAUGGAUGGCCUGGUCUACCAGGGUUUAAAGGCACCACUGGUGCUCCAGGCAGGAGAGGAUUGCCCGGACCUCUUGGGUACCCUGGAAUCAAAGGUUUCCCUGGUCCAAGGGGAUAUCCUGGACAUGGUGGAGAUCUGGGAGAUCCAGGGCAUGGAGGUCAUUCGGGUAUCCCAGGUUUACCGGGAUUUCCAGGGACUAAGGGUGAGCCAGGAGAGUCGUAUGGACAACCUGGUCCGCCUGGACCCAAAGGAUUGCCAGGGGAGGCACCCAGAGGGCCUGCAGGAGAUCAAGGAGACCCAGGACCCCAGGGAAGGUCAGGACCCCCUGGACGACCAGGAUUCCCUGGGCCUCGUGGUGAAUAUGGUACUCCAGGUUUUCCAGGUGUUCCAGGCGAUCAUGGGGGUCUGGGACCACCAGGCCCACCUGGACCAAAUGGGCCUCCAGAUAUCCCAGGCCCUCCAGGACCACACGGAUUUCCUGGAGUCAAAGGUCUCAAGGGCCACCGUGGUCCUCCAGGAGACACUUCUCCUGGCUAUAAAGGCCAAAGGGGCCCACCUGGCGACAGAGGUAUUAUGUUUUCCCGGCUUCUCAGGUGAACCUGGUUACCCUGGCAAAGAAUGCCACAUGCCUUUACCAGGAGCCUGGGGAGAGGAAGGAUAUGAAGGACCUCCAGGACCCCCAGGAGACCCAGGCCUAAUUGGCUUCCCUGGGUUACCCGGUCAUAAGGGAGAUAAGGGCCUCAGAGGACCUCCUGGAUUUCAGGGCUACCCAGGCUUUCCAGGACCAAAAGGUGAAAGAGGUCCUUCUGGUCCCAGGGGUCCUCCAGGACCCAGAGGUCAGAAAGGUGCUCCUGGGGCUACAGGCCGCAAGGGAGUAACUGGCCCAGCUGGAAACCCAGGUCCCAAAGGUGCUCUUGGGGAUUCCAUCAGUGGACGCCCAGGGUUGUCUCCUCGCGGACUCCCAGGACCACAUGGUCACCCAGGAUCUGUGGGAUUCCCUGGUGAUGUGGGUCCUCCUGGGACUCCAGGACGAGACAAGGGUCCUGUAGGGUCUGUUGGCUUCCCUGGCCAACCAGGUCCUCCUGGUCUUGAUGGCCCUGUUGGAGACCCAGGGGAUGUUGGUCAGCAAGGAUUUACCGGAUCUCAAGGUAUCCCAGGUCCAGUCGGUGAUCCAGGUGAGCCAGGGCAUAGAGGGGCAUUGAGGUCAGGCUUCCUUCUGGUUAUCCACAGCCAGUCAGUUCAGGUGCCACGGUGCCCUGAAGGCAACAGUCAGCUCUGGGUGGGCUACAGUCUGGUCUACUUGGAAGGACAAGAGAAGGCUCACACUCAAGAUCUGGGCCAGGCUGGCUCCUGCCUCCCUGUAUUCUCCACCAUGCCUUUCUCCUACUGCAACAAAGCUGCCUGCCAUUACUCUAGUCGCAACGACAAAUCCUAUUGGCUCUCCACCACCGCUCCCAUACCCAUGAUGCCACUCUUCGGCCAGGAGAUCAGCUCCCACAUCAGCCGCUGUGUGGUGUGCGAGACAGUUUCACCUGCUGUGGCUAUUCACAGCCAGGAUCACACUGUCCCUGCAUGCCCACCUGGCUGGAGGAGUCUGUGGACUGGGUAUUCCUUGCUCCUGCACACAGGGGCAGGUGAUGAGGGCGGUGGCCAGUCUCUGAGUUCCUCUGGUAGCUGCCUUAAGGAUUUCCGGACUCACCCCUUCAUCGAGUGCCAGGGUGGGCGUGGUUCCUGUCACUACUUUGCCAACCUCUACAGUUUUUGGCUGACUACGGUUGGUCAGAGAGAGCAGUUUAUCACCCCGAGCCCUGGAACUAUCAAGGCAGCUGACCAACAGCGACGCAAGGCCAGCCAGUGCCAUGUCUGCCUCAGAAAACAAUAAAGGACCUCUUGCCACUUUUAGUUUUAACUUUUAACCCAUUUCUAUCUAAUUUUGUUUAUCACUGAGGUUUAAAGAUAGAUAAACUAUAUUUGCUGACAAAAAUGAGUAGCAUUGCAAUCUAUACACUUAUUUAUAGUUUUUUAUGUUAGUUGUUAUUAUUUUCAAUGAGGUGCUAUUUCUAAUGAUGUU